AUGGUCGAGGAAGUGCUCAUCAGCCACAAGCAGGUGGUAUUGAAGAACUAUGUAAUUGGGUUUCCACAAGAAUCUGAUUUGGAAAUUAUCACUUCUUCUAUUAAGCUCAAUGUCCCUGAAGCCAUUCAAGAUGCUGUUUUGGUAAAGAAUCUCUACUUGUCUUGUGAUCCUUAUAUGUGUGGUUGCAUGAGCAAGCCUAUACGCCCUUGCAUUGUUUCUUCUUUCGAGCCAGGAAAGCCCCUUUAUGGAUUUGGAGUGAUAAAAGUUGUGGAUUCUACACAUCCAAAUUACAAGAAAGGAGACUUGGCUUGGGGUUUUACCAAAUGGGAAGAGCAUAGUCUCAUAAUAUCACCACGGCUUUUAUUUAAAAUUCAUCAUACUGAUCUGCCCCUUUCCUACUACACUGGAAUUCUGGGUGUCCCUGGUAUCACUGCCUAUGGCGGUUUUCAUGAGGUAUGCUCUCCUAAGAAAGGAGAGUACGUCUUUGUAUCAGCAGCAUCUGGUGCCAUUGGUCAGAUUGUUGGCCAAUUCGCUAAAUUACUGGGUUGCUAUGUUGCUGGAAGCGCUGGAUCAAAUGAAAAGGUUGAUAUGCUAAAGAACAAGUUCAGGUUCGAUGAGGCUUUCAACUAUAAGGAAGAGUCUGACUUAGAUGCAGCUCUUAAAAGGUAUUAA